UUUAUUGGGAUACCUAUUUAGAUGGAUCCACUCUUUCAAACUUUUUACAUCAAAUUAUGACAAUCAGUUGCAGCAGAAAUUGAAUCUCACUAGAACAGGCAACAUUUAUUUAGGCUUCUGUCCAAUUUUCGUGAGCCUGUGUGAACUGUGUAAAUUGUAGCUUCUGUUUCCUGUUUUUGGCUGACAGGAGUGCCACCCAGUGUGGUCUUCUAGCCCAUCUGCUUCAAGGUUUUGUGCAUUCGUACAUGCUCGAAUGUACCAAGUGGUUAUUUAUUGCCUUCCUAUCAUCUUGAAGCAGUCUGGCCAUUCUCUGAUGUCAUCAAAGCAUUAUCACCCACUCUGUUUCCUCUUUUUCAGACCAUACUUCUCUAAACUGUAGACAUAGUUGUGUGGCAAAGUCGCAGCAGUUCAGCAGUUUCUGAAAUACUCGGACCAGCCCAACACCACCAACAACCGUCCUGCGUUCAAUCAUUUAAACCAACUUUCUUCCUGUUCCUCAUGCUCCAUUUGAGGAGGACCCCAGCACGCCUGCUUAAAGAAAAAGAGAGGAGACACCAGCAUCUGAACAGAGACUCAAACCAGCAACCUGCAGGUCCCUGCUUGGCUGCUCCAGUUUUCUCCUCACUCAUGUUGCCCACCAGUGAUUUCUAGCUGGCCACCCACACAGCAGGCUAGAAUAUGCGCUGAGCCUCAGCACCAUGGUUGCAAUACUUGGACAUGUUUUCUUUAUUAAAUAAUGAACCAGACCCCAAAAAGUGAACAGCUGUUAUUGCUAGGCAACGGGAGCAGCAUUUGGUGAUGCAGCACCUGACAUUCCUGACCAUGUGGGCGGAGCAUGCAUGAGAUGGAAUGUUUAGUAGAACUGUGCAACACAAGCACUUAGUUACAGCAUUUUUCAUUUUAUCCAGACACAGCUAGAGACACAUCUACAGCAGCAUCUCUGUGCAGGACAAACCACAGUUGAAGAUAAAAAACCAUCGAAAACUUCACUUCACUUCUCUACAAUAAGUUGGUUCCUUUCUUUAAAAGGCCAAAAUGAAUCAAGGGAGAUCGAGAAGAGGAUAUGUGAGUGCUUCACCAUACAGUAGAGUGAAGUCUGAGCUGAUUAACCUACAAGAAGAAUUUAAAAUAAUACAGGCUGAAAAUGUCAAAUUAAAAGAAGAGGCAGAAAAAUCAAGAGGAGAAGCUAAAUAUUCAAAGUUUGAAACUGAAGUAGUAUUGAAGGAAUUACUGCAUGUGGGUCUAAAACUUAAAGGAGAGAAAAUGGGAAAACAACAGGCAGAAAAUGAGAAUGAAAACAUGAAGAAAGAACUGUUGGAAGCUGAAAAAGCAUUGGAGGAAGAGAAAACCACAGCAGAAGAAGCCAAAAAUAAAUAUCAAACUGCAAAGAAGGAGGCAGAAAAUGUGAUGCAGGAAUUACAGGAGGUGCAGGAAGCUUUUGAAGAGGAAAAAAGGAAAAUGCAGUCGGCAACACAAGAAGCUGAAAAUGCAAUGGCUGAAGCUGAAAUACUGAGGAAGGAAUUAGUGAAUUUAAAGCAACAACUUGAAGAGGAGAAAAAACGUAAACAUGAGGCAGAAAAUGAGAUUGAAAAUAUGAAGAAAGAUUUGUUGGAAACUCAAAAAGUGUUGGAGGAAGAGAAAAUUAAAAUACAGGAAGCAAAGAAAGAAAUGGAAAAUACAAAGAGUUACACUCAAAACAUUAAGAAGAAGUUGCUGGAAACACAGGAAGCACUUGAAAAAGAGACACAUGGAAAAUGGGAGGCAAAACAGGAAAGUGAGACUCUGAAGAAAGAACUGAUGAAAGUGCGAGAAGAAGUUGCAGAAGAGAAAAUUGAGGUGAAGGUACUCAAGAAAGAAAUGACAGGCUCUCCGGUGACCAAAAAAGACUGCAAGGAUGCACUUAAAGAAAUAAAAAGCAGAAAAAGGAAGCUAAAGAGCUCCUCAAACAGAAAGUGAAACUGGCCAAACAGCAGCUGAAAGAAAAAUUUGAAGACGCCGAGGAGCAGCUCAAGAAAACCUUGAAGGAGCUGAAGACAAAAGAAAAGAAAGCGGAGAACAGGAGGGGAUUCUGGAGCAGACUGCUGAGAAAAAACUGACCCAGCAGCGUCAAGUUUAAGGAGAUCAAUAGUUUCUUCCUCCUUCCCCCUGUCUCCACCUUUCUUUCACCCCAUCCUUCUUCUUCUCUCUCUGUCUCGCUCAUCUUCUCUACCCCCACCUCUCACCUUUAACCCACUUCCUCCUAAA